AUGAUCUUCGUGUCUUAUGGUACCGAUACCCUACAUGCUGUCAAAAAGCACGGUAACAAAACCCAUUCACCCCGAAUCGUCCCCGAGUUGACAGUGGUAGACUCGACCUCCAACGAGCCUUCGUCACUGGACUUGCCGCCUCGCGCAUGGAGAAAGGUCUACGAGAAGUUGCGCCCAAGUCUAGCAAAGAAGCGUAGAGCCCAUGAAUUCAACGCGGUCAUGAAACGAGAAAUCACCAACCCGAUUGGUUACGAUCCUGAAGAGGCAGCAUGGCGCAGGGAAAUGGCAGCAAUUGAAGGAGAAGAAAAGGAAACGGCCGCCUGGCGUAGGAAACUCGCCGCGCUGGACAGAGAAGAAAAAGAGGAAUUUUCGUUGCAAGACGCCUUGGACUACUUACAACCGCGGGAGGAAGAUGAUGACAAAGAAGAUGACAAAGAGGAGGAGGAGGAGGAAGAGUUACCUAUCCCGACAUUCUUGCUAAAGAAAGAAAAGGUCGUGAAAGUGGUGCCCCAAAGCGAGCUGAGGUUGUUUAGGCCGGGAAUGAUAUAA